AUGAUGACAUUGGUUCGACUCCUCGCACUGACCCUGACUACUGCAACUGCGGAUUCGACUGGAGAUGCCCUUGAUCUGGCUGAUUUAUUCCUCCUACAGGUUGCUGCCCAGACGUUCAACUCGAGCGGAGUCGUAAAGCAUGUGCAAGAUGCCCGGAAUCAAAGCCAUUUGACUGCCACGAAGAGCUUGCUCAGUAAUGGCACUGUGCUGCGGCUGCAAGGCAAGCAGCCCCGGAACACAAGAAAGGACAGCGAUGGAAGCCAGAUUGUUCAGGACCAGCUAGGUCUGAAAGCCAAUAGCGCGGCAGACUCAGAAGCCUUGAGAGCUUCCUUCUUUUUCAAUGUGGGUCUGAUUUCGGCCUACAUGGCAGGAUUUGUGAUACUGCAACGGUGGAAGCCAUUGGUUUAUCUGCAUAACACCAUGACUCAAAGGGCACCGGAGCCUCAUCCAUCCUGGUUUGGGAUCUGGUUGGAGGCAGAAGAGGUGGAAGAGUAUGCCGGACUGGAUAGCGCUUUGAUGAUUGAGUUUUGCAAUCUUGGGAUGAAGGUCUGCGCAUAUUUGGGACUUCCGCUUUGUGCAGUGUGCCUCCCUGUGUACUACGUUAUGGGCAAGCAUCCCGGUGCAAACGCAGCCACCUGCACCAGCGCUGUGCAGUUUGCCCCUAGAAGUUCACUGGAUCUAUUCACCAUCAGCUCGUUGAGAUGCAAUGGGCUGGCCAUGCGCUGGAUCUUGGCUGGUGUCACAUGGAUCGUGGUUUGGGCUGUUCAGCGUAUGUUGCGCCAGGCCCAGAAGAAAUUUGUUCAGCGUCGUGUUGCCUGGUUGCAGCAGCGUCCCAAGCCACAGUCUUCCACCAUUCUGGUCACCAACAUCCCGCCGAGUUACAGAUCUGAUUCAAAGCUGAAGGAAUACUUUGAUUAUCUCUUCCCCGGCGGAACCAUUGAAAGGGUGUACAUUGUGAAGAGGCUCUCCUCUUUGGCAGCCUUGCUUGAUGAGUUCUCAACUGCAGAACAAAAGUUGCACGAAUCCCAGUACCUCUGGUUCCUGGCAAACAAGGACCCAGCAAAGCGACCAAAAACGAACGUGCUUCAAGAUGCGGAGGCUGUGGACAGCAUCGAUCACUACACGGCGCUGGUGGAACAUCUGCAGCGUCACAUAGAAGGUGAGCGAGAGCAAAUCCGUCGAGCAGACAGCUUCACUGAGGUGGAACUCAGCGGUGCCGCUGCGUUCGUGACUUUCAAAGCUUCCCGCGAUGCGGAAAUGGCCUUGCGAUUACGACUGGAACCCGAAGGUCAUCUCUUCAACAUGGAGUACCCUCCCGUGCCGAAAGAUGUGUCGUAUGAAGACCUUCUUCGAACUCCAAUCCAAAGGCAACUUCUUCACCUUCUGGGGUAUAUGCUCAUCUUCAUGGUGUUCCUCUUCUUUUUCCCCUUGAUCGGUGCAGCGUCUUCCAUCGUCAAUCUGGAGAAUCUGGAGCGCAUCGACUUUGUGCACCACCUGAUCACCAGUUCUACAUGGGUUCAGUCUGUCAUGGAAGGUAUCUUUGCAACGCUCUUGCUUUCCGUGUUCAUGGCGUUUCUGCCGACGACCCUUCAUGUGAUUAUUGGCAGUACAUUUACCCUCAACUCCAAAGCAGAGAGUCAGCUGUUCUUGCAGCAGUGGUAUUACUGGUUCCAAGUGAUUUUUGUUCUGCUGGUGACCGCCAUUGGGACUUCGCUGUGGCAACGGUUCGCAGACGUUUUAACGUCCCCGACUUCCGUGGUGCUUGACUUGGCGGGCAGCCUACCCAACACCUCUACAUUUUACAUGAGCUACAUCAUGCUGCAGUGGUCUGUGUCUGUCCUGAACAUUCUGCGAUAUCAGAACUUGCUUAAGUUCCUUGCCUGGACAGCCGUCAGCGAGGACGAGCGUGCCAAAGAGCUAUCUGAGCCAGAAGAUCCCGACUAUUAUGGCAUCGGCUCACGGAGUGCACGGCUGAAUGUGGUCCUGGCCAUUUCGUUGGUCUUCAGUCUGUUGUCACCCAUCGCCCUCUGGAUCGGUUUCGCGUACUUCCUGAUCAACCGCCUCGUCUUUAGUUACCUGGUAGUUUUUGCGGAGUCGCAGAAGCCAGACCUGGGGGGCUACUUCUGGGCUCAGCAGCUGCGGCAUGUGCAGCUCACACUUCCCAUCUUUGUUGUGGUGAUGAGCGGAUGCCUUUGGACAGAACCCUACGGAGGACCUGGAAUUCUUGCCCUGGCCAGCAUUCUGCUUUGGGGAUUCGAAUACUCCCGAUGGGCUGACAUCCUCUGGGAGACGUUGUCCUUCCGAGCUGUGGUCGAGGGAUCUGAGAAAGGCUGUGUAACCUCAGGUGAAGUCUAUGUGCAACCCGAGCUCACGCGAGACUUGCGAAUCACCUCCAUUGCAGCAUCCAAAGCUGGAUAG